AUCGUUUCCAAAUUUCCAACUCAAAUCCCUAAUUUUUUCAAAUUCUCUCUAGAAAUCGCGAUGGGCAACGCCGAGAAGCUGAUGCAGCAGAUCAUGGAGCUGAAAUUCACGUCGAAGAGCCUGCAACGGCAGGCGCGGAAGUGCGAGAAGGAGGAGAAGGCGGAGAAAUUGAAGGUGAAGAAGGCGAUCGAGAAGGGAAACAUGGACGGCGCCCGGAUCUACGCCGAGAACUCCAUCCGCAAGCGCAACGAGCAGAUGAAUUACCUCCGCCUCUCCUCCCGCCUCGACGCCGUCGUCGCCCGCCUCGACACGCAGGCGAAGAUGACCUCCAUCAGCAAGUCCAUGGGCAGCAUCGUUAAAUCGCUCGAGUCAACCCUCGCCACCGGAAACCUGCAGAAGAUGUCGGAGACGAUGGAUCAGUUCGAGCGCCAGUUCGUCAACAUGGAGGUGCAGGCCGAAUUCAUGGAGAGCUCCAUGGCCGGCAGCACCUCGCUCUCCACCCCCGAGGGCGACGUCAACAGCCUUAUGCAGCAGGUGGCCGACGACUACGGCCUCGAGGUCUCGGUCGGCCUCCCCCAGCCGGCAGCGCACGCCGUCACCGUCAAAAACAGCGAGAAGGUCGACGAGGACGAUCUCACAAGGCGCCUCGCCGAGCUUAAGGCGCGCGGCUAGGGUUUUGAACUGGUUUGGGGAUUAUUUGGAUGCUUAUAUACAAUCAAUGCGUGGAUUUCUCAAAUUUAUCUGAUAUAAUGUGUAUUAUUUUCAAGUGACAAUGCGUAUCUGUUGUGUGUUUUUGUUCUAAUCAAAUGUCUGCUGUUGCAUAUUUAUCCAUUGGAGCUUGAAUUAUUGGUAUUCUGCAUUGUAGCAUUGAUUAAUUUGAUAUAAUGUGUAUACCUUGAUCA